UCCAGUUUCCCGGUGCGCGACACCUGGUAACAGCUGGCAACCGAGAGAGGUAAAGUGAGAUGACGAAGAGACGAGAGCGUCAGUGGUGUGCCGAACACCGCGCUGCCUGGAGUAUUACUCAGUGUUUCUAAAGUCAUAGCAGCGAUGAGGUGGUGGUCAUUUCUAAUGGUGGUGGCCGCCUUCGUGGCCCUGGCGGCGCCCAAAGCUGAGGCAGCGAUCGAGGAGCUGCCAGUAGCUCGCGUCAUCAGACAGAUUAACUUCCGCCCGUCUGGAGGUUUGUAUCCAGGAAGCAGACCUGCAGGAGGCAGACCUGCAGGAGGCAGACCUGGUGGCGGAUCUGGAGGCAGCGGGUGUGUCUGUAAUCACGUCGUUUUCUGCGCCGUUGACCUGGACAAGAUCUCACAAUCGUGCACCUUACCUGAUGGAAGCCCUGGUGCCUGCUGUCCCCAGAACACCCUAGCUGCCCUGACGCCUGGUCCGGGGCAGGGGGACGAUAAGAUCUUCUCUGCCGCCCAAGUUGCCGUCAGGUUGCCGAGCUUCGACAUUAGUCAGAUGGGCAACGCCUUAUCGGAAGGUCUCACGCUCCGAAGCAGAACGCAACAGAUCGAGCAGAACCUGAUGCAAAAUUCGUUGUUCCUGCCCAGAGACUCCCCAGCCGCCCACCAUCUCCGGGUCUUCACCGUCAGCCCGCAGGCCAAGGCUAUGAACCAAAGAGCUUCCGCCAUCUACGCUGCCUCCAGGGGUCUAAUGACCAAUUUAAACUUGCCGUCACAAACAGCCGGCUUUAGUCUGAGGACGGUACAAGUGGGAGGAACAAGCCUGCAGGAUAUGUGCCCACAGGAUCCUUCUUGUAACUCCCGUAGCAAGUACCGUACUGCUGAUGGCUCGUGCAACAACCCCAAUAACCCAACAUGGGGCAUGAGCAACACUCCCGUACAGAGAAUCUUGCCGCCAACUUACGAUGAUGGUGUGUUUGCGCCACGAUCAAAAGCCACUGAUGGGUCAAUUCUACCUAAUGUUCGUCAGAUUGUCAACCAAAUUCUGAUCGACUUAGAUAAGCCAGACGAUAUAUACACGUCAUCUGUGAUGCAAUGGGCACAGUUCCUGGACCACGACUUUGCCCACAUUCCUUUCCCUAGUCUAGAAAGCGGAGAAGGGAUCCAGUGUUGCCCGGAAGGACAGGAGGUCACAGGGGAGCUCCGUCAUCCUUUAUGCUUGCCCAUUAACGUCACAGGCGACCCCUUCUAUGGACCUCGAGGCAGCAACUGCAUGAACUUCGUCAGGAGUAUGUUUGCUGUGGGCACCGGAUCGUCCUGUACAUUUGGUUUUGCAGAACAGCUGAAUCAACUGACACACUGGAUAGACGCAUCCUCAGUAUACGGCUCCACUGAGGACGAACAGAGAGCCCUAAGAACCUUCAACAAUGGCCUCCUUAAAACGUCUGGCGCCAACCUGCUGCCCAUCAACCCCAACCAAGGAGGGGAGUGUGAGGCCAUGGGGCGUGGUGCCCUCUGUUUCAUUGCUGGUGACUCGCGAGUGAACGAACAGCCGGGACUGACAGCCAUACACACCAUCUGGAUGAGGCAACACAACAAGGUGGCCUUCGAGCUACAGAACAUCAACCCUCAGUGGUCAGACGAGGCCGUGUUCCAGGAGGCCAGAAGGAUCAUUAUUGCUCAGAUCCAACACAUCACCUAUAACGAGUGGCUGCCUAUCAUUGUCGGCGAUAACUUCGUGCGAUCCUUCGGCCUCAACGUCAGGAGGUCCGGCUUCAGCCCCGACUACAACCCGAAUCUUAACCCUAACAUGAACAACGAAUUCUCCACUGCUGCUUUCCGAUUCGGUCAUACGCUGGUGCAGGGAACACUACGGUUGUUCUCUUCUACGGGUGGCGUCAGCACCAUCAAACUCCGCGACCACUUCAACUCUCCUCAUCUAAUCGAGCUCCAGGGAAAACUCGAUGACAUUGUUCGAAGCUUCACUCAACUGGCCAUCCAAAAGUUCGAUUCCUUUAUCACUCAAGAUUUGUCGAACCAUCUGUUCCAGACUCCCAGGUUCAACUUCGGCAUGGACCUUAUGAGCCUCAACCUACACCGAGGGCGUGAACACGGCAUCGCCACCUACAACGACAUAAGGCAGGUGUGUGGCCUCCCUCGAGCCACCUCCUUCCAGGACAUCACCGACCAGAUCGACGGUCGUAUCGUGGCAGAGAUGCAAAAGCUCUACAAGUCCGUGGACGAUAUUGACUUCUUUGUGGCCGGGAUCACUGAGCGGCCAGUCUCCGGUGGUCUCCUGGGCUGGACCUUCCUGUGUGUUGUAGGAGACCAGUUUGCACGACUCAAGAAGGGAGAUCGGUUCUUCUACGACCUCGGAGGACAACCAGGAUCCUUUAAAGAACCUCAACUUCAACAGAUCCGUGAGUCCUCCUGGGCAAGAGUCCUGUGUGAUAACUCCAACAUGCAGGCCGUCCAGCCCCUCGCCUUCAGGCAGACCAACAGCAGAUUCAACGAACCAGUGCCGUGUCAGAGUCCUAGCAUCCCGCGUCCUGAUUGGUCCUUCUGGCGGGGAGAGUCUGCCGGCAAAUAACUCCCAGAGACUCGCUGAUCUACGGCCGCCGCCCUUGCCUUCUAUUAUGUGACUUGAAAAAAAAAUGUGAUUAUUUGAAUGGCUGAUGUUCAGUACACAGUCAUAUGUACUCAUGUGAUAUCCAUCUCUCCCUUUUAUGUGCUAACAACACAUACAGUACAUACAUUCAGGAACGUACAUAAACACAGAUACAUUCAUGUACUAAUGUUUUCAAAUCAUGAAUAUUAUUUUGAAUAAAGAUUAGAAUUUUA